UUUGGCCCGCCGCUCGCAUCGAUCCCGCAUCCUGCCUUCUCCGCCAAAGUAAGCCCAAAGUAAGCCCAAAGUAAGCCCACAUCAGCCAAUCACGUUCGUCCUGUGGGCUUACUUUUGACCAAUCACGUUCCGCCCUGUGGGCUUACUUUUGACAAAUCACGUUCCUUCCCGCUGUGGCUUGUAUUUUGGCCCGCCGCUCGCAUCGAUCCCGCAUCCUGCCUUCUCCGCCAAAGUAAGCCCAAAGUAAGCCCACAUCAGCCAAUCACGUUCGUCCUGUGGGCUUACUUUUGACCAAUCACGUUCCGCCCUGUGGGCUUACUUUUGACAAAUCACGUUCCUUCUCGCUGUGGCUUGUAUUUUGGCCCGCCGCUCUCGCGAUCUUUCUCUCUCUCUCUAUGACAACCCGUCUCUGCUUGGAUAAUGUAUGCGUACCCCGUUUUUCGUCGCCAGUCAGCCAGUUCAACUAGACUGCUGAUGGCACCCUCGGAGGAGGCAAGGGCUCUUUCAAACACCGGGUCUGGAAGGGCCAAACCCAAAGAGGAGGUGCUGGCAGAGGCCGCUAACUUUGUGGCUGGCCAUGGCGGAGACCCAGCUGACAGGCUUCUGGUACUGGCUCACUGCCAGCUGCAGUUUGGCAUGUUCCAGGGCCAGAGGUUCAGGUGGCUCCUGGAGAACAGUCUUGGAUAUGCUGUGUAUUUACUGCACAGCAUUUCCAAGGAAACAGUGCAGGCAAACCCUCUGUCUGAGAACAAACAGCUGUUCCAGGAGUUUACCUCUCAGAUCGCAGAGAUGACGGUUGAACUAGAGAAGUUUAGCCGUAAGCAGGAGAUGCAGAAGCAAGCGAAGGACACUGGAGACCAGGGCUAUUUGAUGGUGGAGUUUGGAGAUUUUAAGGGUCGCUCCAUGAAGGAAGUUUAUGAGGACCAGAGCCAGAAGGCCCAGGCCCUCAUCAAUUACCUGAAGACUGCUGAUGCCCGGCCCAACACCAACAUGGCCAUUUUCAAGACGUAUGUCUUGAAGAGACGCGCUGCAGCCACCACCCUCCCAUCUUCAGCCUCCACUUCCACUGGACGUCCUCCUGCAUCCUCCACUUCCUCUGCACCUUCUCCUGCACCCUCCACUUCCUCUGCACCUCCAGCAGGAUUCCAAAGUGGCGCAUGGAAGCCCGCCACUGUGAAAUCUCUGCUGGCGCGUGGGAAUCUGUCUCCUUCACAGCUGGUGAAAAAGUUGAUGUCACCAGUUAAACUCUCUCCAGCACCGCAGCUCACCUCACCCCGACCUUCAAAACCCCGGCAGCUUUUCCCUUCUGACUCUGCUGAGAUUGAUGAUGAGGAAAUGGUAUCUGCUGCAGCGCAGUGUGAGGCACAGCUGAAUACAGCUCUUGCAGCCACGGUGCCUCGUGAGGCCUGUGCUGAUCCUCCACCAGCAGCUCUCCUUCAUCAACCUUCAGCUGAGCUUCCCAGUCACUGGAAGGAUCAGCUUCCACCUUACCAGCACGAGUGGAUACGGCACACUCUGUUCAAGGCCAACCCACGUACUGGCAAGCCAGAGCUAGUGUCACCGCUGAAGCUUUGGUGGUAUCCUCCUCAGCCCGCCCUCAUUCACACCCAGCCUCCCGCCUCGCCUGACCACUUCUUCUGUCGGCCGUUGUUCCUGUGGAUGCCCCAGAAGAUGUGGCUGUUUCCUCUAGUCUGUGUUCGUCCAGCCUGCGGCAAGCACAGACUAACAGCCGCAGGAGUGUACAGAACAGUGCGGAAGGUGCUGGACAUCGACGGGUGGUAUGACCUUGCCACUGAGUACCUGGAGUGCAAGCGCUGUUCCAAAAAGUAUCCUGCUUGGUCUGAAGACAUCUUAGGCCAGCUGGAUGUGGGCCACCGCAGCAAGUUUCCAGCUUUGCUCACUUACAGAUACUCGUGUGGCAUCCGUGUGCUGAGGAUGAUGAGGGAGAGGACAAUGGGAAACAGCGUGACCCAGCUGUACAAAAAGCUGCAGGAACAGCAUAGCGAGGCAUGGAUGGAGCGUGUCCUGCAGUACCUGACAGCUUGUGAACCAUUCACAAGGUCCGCUGUUGUCCGUCCCUCUGUCUUUGCUGAGCCUCCCUGCUUACCUGCCCUACCCAAGCCCAAGUGGCUGUUAGCAGUUUAUGCCAGGGAUGUUCUCAGCCGGCUGCAUGAGGUGAAGGCCAAAAUCACCUCCAUCUUUGGCUCUGUCCUCAAGAUGGACUCCACCAAAAAGGUCACGAAGAAACUCGCUGGUGCUGCUGCAGGUACAGCUGCCUGGUGCACCAAUGUUGGCAACGAGUACGGUCAAGUCCUUGUCUCGGUUCUGACAGCUGGUGAGGGACAAGCACUUGACACCAUGGCAGCUGGCCUGGUGAAGCGGUACAGGGAGGCGGGUGAGGCGCCACCCAAGGUGAUCUAUGUGGACAGAGACUGCUGCAGUCAGCAUGGCCCUUGUCGGGUGAAGGCCAUGUUUGCAGGGUGGGAUGAGCUUCAGGUGCGGCUUGACAUCUGGCAUUUCAUGCGCCGUUUUGCUGCAGGUGUCACCACUGAGGCUCACCCCCUGUAUGGCAUCUUCAUGGCACGCCUGUCCACGUGCAUUUUUGAGUGGGAUCCAGAAGAUGUUGCUGCUCUUCGCCGUGCCAAGGAGGGUGAGCUGGCAGCAAGAAGUGUUGGCAACAUCUCGGAGGAGGCGGUGACCACUCGCAUCACUCGGAGGGAGUUGGCACUGCACUGCAGGAGGAGGACCCGAGGGGUGGAGGAGACCAACAGACUGAUCGGGUCACUGAUCAGUCUGUUUGACAGCGCGAGUGGGAAGGACACUCUGGGCGUUCCUCUGCUGGACCACGAACGGAUCCAGCAGAUAUGGAUGGAGCAGCAGAAACACCUUGGCUGCAUCCAAGACCCAGAAGACUUCCAGCUCUACAUCAAGACGGGCACCUUGAAGAAAGGCAACGUGGAGCUGUGCUGCUACAGGUGUGCCCGUGGCUCUACCUCCUUGGAGUCCUUUCACCUCCACCUGAACAGGUUUAUUCCAGGAACCAGUGCCAGUGAUGCGCAUUUCCAGGCGUAUCUUCUGGAAGGGCUGAUGCGCUGGAAUGAUGACCGGAUGGAGGACGCCGUAAAGGGAGCACCUUCCAUCCGCUCCUACAGCAGUGCUCUCAGAGAGGCGGUGGACCAGCUCAGCCAAAAGGUGCUAGGGAGAUGCUGGGAUGAGCGCUAUCGCACCCCUGGAGCAUACACAGGUGAAUUGCUGGGGAUGGAGUACUUGUACAGCCAGACCGGCAAGGAACUGACUCCAGUGCUCCAGAACCCAGAGGAGGAGGACAGGCUGGUGGAGGAAGUCAAUGAUGAGGACUUCCAAGAUGAGGGCUUUGUUGAAGAGAGCAUGGAGGACAUCACAGUUCCGGUGCUGUAUGAGGAUGACCCCUCCCGUGCUCUGCAGAGCAGGCCCUCAUCGUUAACGAGUCCUCAGGCCUCUCCUCCUCCUCCGCCGUCUCCACCUCAGCCUUCUUCUCCUCCGCCUUCUUCGCAUCUGCCUUCCCCACCUCCGCCCUCUCCUCCUCCUCAGGCCCCUGCAUCACCUGCUGAUGUGCCGUCCAGCAGUAUGUCUGACGAGGCUCAAGGAGCAGUGAUUGGACCGGAUGGGAUCGCUGGGUGGGACAAAGUCCAGGAUCUCGCUGUUUACCUAGUGGAUCUCCGUGAGGCUUCUUACUUCACUGACCUGCAGGUGACCCAGAUCGUCCAGCUGUGGACAGCUCUCCCUGAGGUUGACAAGCAGCGUGUCAACUACCAGCCUCGCCAUCAGGUGCGCCUGACAAGUGGCCGCUUUAAGGCUCCGAAGCGGUCUGGAGUCACACCGGGUGUGGAGAGUGUCAAACGCUGCUUGAUAGGACAUCCUGGGGGUCCUGCACAGUGGCCCAGCACCAGCCGCUUGGUUGAGGCCAUAUGCACCAAGCUGUGCAGUUUGCACAAGUCGCCCACCAAGAAGUCUGGAGUCUCCACCCCUAGAUGGUCAAAAAUCCUUGACAGCUACCACCACAUCCGGGAGCUGGUGCUCAACACUCCAAGGCUUAUGGCGGAGACCACGCUCCAGCUCUUUGAGCUAAAUCAGAAGACACUCAUUCAGUGGUUUCAACGGAGGCAGAAGACCCAGGAGAUGAGUGUCCUCUCCCAGGGAAUGGCUCCAACUAACAAGAUUCCCGUGGCACCCAACCAGCUUCUGGCCCCGAAGGAGACACUGGAGCUCCUUCCUCCAACAUCUGGCCCACGGCACCAGUUUGUCCUCCCUCCUAAUCUGGAGGGACAGGCUCCCGUCCUGCGGCCAGGCAGACGACCCGCUGCUGCCACCCCCACAGCACCAGGCACUGCACCCAACCCCACCGCACCAGGCACUGCACAGCCCAUGUCAGCUCAUUUAGGGAACUUAGUCCUGAACCCUGACAACACGCUGUCACUGGUGCUGGCAGCUCCUGGUGUCUCAACACCCAGUGCAGGCCCAGCUCAGCUUGGUUCCACACUGGGUGCUCCUGUGUCUCGCUUCACAGAGAGAAACAGACGACGGCGGGCCCUUGAGGAGGAGAGUGGAGUGCCCAAGAGGAGGUAUCUCAGAGGAGUGGCAUAUAACACGUGUGGCACGUGUGGACAGCCAAAAACCAAGGAGUUUGGCCAUAGCCGUUAUGGCAGCGCCACCUUUUGUCCACAGGCCUCACAAGGGAAAUCUCUGGAGGAGUGGCUGAAGGAACAGAGAGCACAAAAAUAGAGUGUGAACUUGUGUAUAUAGUGUAUAUAUUGUGUGUUUGAGUACAGUUCCCCAAUACAGUAUCUGACAAAAGUGGGUGCAUCCCCCACAUUUAUGAAAAACAACAUAAAUUACUCUGGGGACAACACUAUAGAAAUGACACUUUGAUAUAGCAGUAGUCAGUGUACAGCUUGUAUAACAGUUGGCAACAAAAGUAAGUACACAUGUCUAAAUUGUGCCCAAAGUGUCAAUAUUGA